AUGUUCACAAACCCGAAAUGUGGCUCAGCGGCAACUGAAACGCCUGAUAUGGCAUCAGAACGAAGCCUAGAAGAUGCCGAAGGUCAAAAUACUUCGAAUUAUAUGGAAUUACCACCACUGGUAGAGGAUGAUGAUGAAGGCAUCGGUAUUAUGGUGUAUAAUGCGGAUGAACAUUCAGUGCAAUUUGAUAAUAAUAUCCCAUCAACUUCAACGUUCGGUAUUCAUCAAGGGGCUACGAGUGGAAAUUCAUUCGAUCGAAAUCUGUUGAUUAGGACGUUGGAGGCCAAAGGUCAUUAUGAAUUCGCGCUUCUUAGAAUUAUUUCACGAGUUGAACAUGCUAUCAGGGCGAAUCAAACGCAACAGAAGCUAGUGGAAAUGGAACUAAAACGAAUCCAGCAUGAAGAUGAUACUUUGCGCGAUAACAAAAAAGUUCCUCUGCAACUCUUUUUCCCACCUUAUUUCAAAGAUCUGCACGACAUGGUAGAUCUCUUCGUGCCUAGUGUGAAUAGCGAAGCAAAACGAAGAUCAGUUGAUAACGUUUACAAUUUAUUGGUUAGAGAGGAGAAGAAAUGGACGCCAACGGAACUAAACAAAUUGCAUGUUGCCGUUUUGAAAUCAGUUAUGGAGAAGAAAAUUGAAUCAUUUGUGGCCAAACGUGAAUGUGUUCUUGAAAAACUACGCAAAAGUGGUCAGGAGACGAGCACCGACGAGAAAGAGCAAUGGCGCAAACGAGUUGAACACUUGAAUCGUUCGAUUCAUUAUCACUUAUCGUUGCCUAAAGAAGAGAUUUUAGCAUGCGAUAAGAAUGAUUACAGUGAUGUGGACUGGCUAAAAAUAUCGAAUGUUGAUUUCCUGUGUACUCGAACGGCCAAACAAAUUCGUUUGAAAUGGGUAAAUGAGCAAUCCCCGAGAUGGAGCAAAUCCGCGUGGCUUAGAAAAGAGUUCAAAUUUCUACAAUCGCUGAAUAAAGAAUAUUCGAUCGACUGGAAUACUGUUGCAUCUCAAAUGAAUACGAGACGAACACCCUUUCAGUGUAUCCAGAAAUACAAAUCUUCAAUUGUACCACUUUUAUAUUCUAAGCCAUGGUCGAAGGCGGAAGAUAACAAAUUGUUGAUACUUGUAAAAGCGCUCAAAACGAAUAGUAUCAUACCGUGGAUUGUGGUGUCAACGUUCUUUGAUAAUCGCUCUCAGUACGAAAUUCGAAAUCGUUAUGAGCAAUUUUCAUUGCCUGGUCGAACUUAUGGUAAAUGGAAUAUGGCUGAAGAUGUGGCAUUACUGUGUGCAGUGGGUCGUUAUGGUAAUCAAGAUUGGACGAGUGUGGCAAAUAUGAUUGGUAGUCGGUCACGUACACAGUGCAGAGAAAGGUGGGUUAAUAUGUUCAAUAACCGAAUCUCUGACAAACCUUGGACAUUGGACGAGGAUGAGCAGUUACUUGAGGGAAUUAAAAAGUUUGGUAAAGGUGAAUUUUAUCGUUGGAUUCUUAUCAAUCGUUUGAAACUUUUACGGUUUUAUUUUGCAUCUGUUUGUAGUGCAGUUAUUUAUUUGGUUAUAUCAUCAGGUAAAUGGAGCCAAAUUUGCGUGAUGAUACCUCAGCGAUCGGCGAAUGAUUGCAAAAUGCGUUUUAGAUCACUUAUAAACAGCAAAUUAAAGAUAUUAACUGAUCCAUGCGGGCAGGCGUCGUUCCGUUCCGAUGCAAUUUUAUCACGACGAAAGCGAAGAUCGGAAGUUGGGAAAUAUUUCACGAAACUCGUAAAUUUCUGGAGAGGGGGUGACCAAGAAGAAUCGAUCGUCAGAGAGCCUAAACAAGAAGUGUGUGAUGAUGAGGAAGAUGGGUUGAAUGAGCCGGUUGUAGCAACCACAAAAUCUGGCUCAAAUAAGGGUUGUGAUACUGAUGGUGCUGAUUCAAUAAAAAAUCGAAUGAAAUUGCUCAAUCAGUUGCAAAUUACAUCUGACAUGCUUGACGAAACAACAUUAUCGAUAGUGAGACGGUAUUGUGGUGAUGAAUCAUUGUUAUCGUGUUGUAAGCGAGCUCAGUUACUGGAUGAAGAGGAGCAGUUUAGGUUUAACAGUUGGAUUGAUCAGUUAGAGGAUGACCAGGCAAAGAAAUCCUUCAUUGUGGAUUCCUUAUUGGAUUUAAUUCCGAGAUGUGAUCAGAGACAGUCAAAUAAACAAGAUAUAUUGGAUAGGUUACGCAUUCACUAUGAAGUGUACGAUUACUUUGACAAGCAGUUGAUCGAAGUUGUACUUAAUCAUCUCGAAGAGGGAACGACUCCUACACCGUUAACUCCUUGUAUGGGAACCAUGACGAUUUUGGAUGAAAUCAAAAUGAAACUACGUUCGUUACUAUUUUGGCCGAUGCUAAUGGAUCGUGCAGUGGAAUCAGAAACAAGUUGGAAAAUGCGUCUUACUCAAAAUGGAUUGAGAGAAGAAAAAAUCAAAGAAUACAAUCAGACUGACAGCAAAUUAAGUCUGUUGAGAGCGAUGCAAACUGAAGAAGAUGGCUGUCCUUAUCCCAUGAAGGAAUUGACCGUUAAAGAUGUCCUCAAAAGGUGUUUGUCGAAUAAUUCGCUCGCGAGUGAAUACGAAUCGUUGGGCAUUGAUUCGAAGAGUACAGUUGCGGAGUAUCUCGCAUCGAAAUACAAAUUAAUGAAGCAAAAACCUGAAGAUUUGGAACGUUUAGCCAGAUUGGAUGAAAGUAUUGAAGGAGUCCGCACCAGAGUAAAGAAUAUGUCCGAAGAAGAAGUUAAAGGAAUUGGAGACGAAGAAUCAGAAAUGAAAAAUAAAAUAAAGAAACCAAAAGCGGUCGACGGCAAAAAGAAUAUGAAACGAACAUUUCCUGGAGCAUUGAACUGCGAAGUCAAUAAGGAAGAAGAAGAAAUGCGAGAAUGCAUGCAAGAACGAUCAUGGGAACAGUUGAAUGACGGAGAGCAUCCGGCGAAGCAUACUGAUGAGAAACCGAUGGAAAAUCAGAUGAAUACUGAAUCAGUGGAAAUAAAAGAUGUGGAAAAGAAUAGUGAUAAUCCUGAUCUUGGUACUCGUAGUAAGAAGACCACUAGUUCUAAUAAUAAUGAUGAUGCUAGCAGGAAUAGCAGUGAUGACGACGAGAAGGACAGCAAUGACAGUAAUAUUAAUAACGGUCCCAACGAUAACAAGAAUAACGAUGGCAAUGCCAGUAAUUCUAAUAUUGAUAAAGCUAAUCAACACUCAGCUCCUAAGCCUAAUCGAAAAAGGAAGAAAAAUGUUAAUUCACCAAAUAGACGAAGAAAGUCGAAUGAAACAGAGAAAAAGGCAGCGAAUGAUGAAGUGAACGCUAUCAGUGAAUCACAUUCAAUCGGUAGCGAUAAUAGCGCCUCGAAUGCAGAAUCACCGAGAAAUCGAAAGCGGCAAAAAUUGGAUAAUCAACGCAACGAAACUGUAUCAGCAGCAUGUUCAUCCUCAUCACCAAAUAUUGCGAAGAUUACCCCAAAAAAAGAUAUUAUUCUUAAAUCCCCUAAUGAAUGCACCAAGCAAAUCAAAAGGCGUCGUGUAACGCACCAAAAUUCUACUCAACCAAACAAAGCACCACCAAAACGCGUUCAGAAUGCGGAAGUGCGAAGGAAAAGCCAGCGCUUGCGAAAACGUAUUGACACUAUACACUCGAGCUGA